GCGCACCUAGACGGCGGCCCCGCCCUCAGCCAGUCGACCGCGCAGCCGAGCUUCCCGUGCGCAUGCUGGACCGAGGCGCUGCCCGUGCCUGGGGCCUCCUCCGGCGCCGUGCUCACGCUGGCGCUGCUGGACGACGACCCGCUGCAGCCGCGCGCCGGCCGCUUCUCCUUCGGGCGCGUGGAGCUGCAGCUGACCGGCGAGUUCAUGGGGCGGCAUGAUCACGUGCCGCUCCAGGACUCUCCGGGCAGCACCGGCUACCUCACCUUCGAGCUGUCGCGGGCGCCCAUGCGCGUCGAGGGGCGCCGGCGCCAGGGCCCCACCCACUUGCGGCCAACGCUGCCGAGCUGGCUGCAGGGGACGGACGCGGACUUCUGCGGCGUUCUCCGCGUGGCCGCGGACAGGCGAAGCCGCCGCGGUGUUUUCCAGGUCUCCGUGGGGCGGUGCAACUUCACCAGCUGGGAGGCGGGCUUCGAGGCGCGGUCUGGCGAGUGCGGCAAGAGGCUACUCGUGGUGGAGAGCAAGCCGCUGAUGAGCGUCCACGCCACACUGCAGGCGGAGGAGGGGCGCACGCUGGACGCCCACGGCGAGCUGCACCUCGCCAAGGUGGAGGGCCCCAGUGGCACCCAGAGCCUCCUGAUGGAGGACCGCCCGAACCCCCUGACGUUGCAGUGGAAGACGGCCGAGCACGGCCGCGAGAGGCCGCACCUGCACUACCGCUUCUUCUCGGCCGAGUUCCUGCAGCCGAGCGACCCGAGCGGCGUCUGCGUCACCGUCACGCUCCAGAUGGCUUCCGCGACCGUGUCCUUGCCGCUGGCGGUGCACGUGCCGCGGGAGUGCUUCCAGCGCGGCGCCGGCGCCGGCACCGAGGCCUUCGCCCUGGGCAGGACGGGGGCCCGUGCGGAGAUCUACCUGCCGGACGCACAGCGGCUCGUGGACUGGUCGGCGUGGGAGGUCACCCCGGCAGUGCCGACGGCCUUCCCGGCCUGCCCCGGCCCGGGGAGCGCGGGCGGCGGCUGGCUGGUGGACGUGCUGGCGCUGCGGCUGCGGCUGGGGACCGAGCGGACGGUGGCCCUGCCGCUCGGGCCCGACCUCGUGGUCCUGCGCUUCUGCGCCUCGCGGCUGAGCCUGCUGCCGCGGCCGGUGCUGGGGGACGGCGGCGCCCAGGAGGCCUCGGCGGCGCCAGCCCAGGACCCUCGCAGCGGCGAGGUGGCCGGGAUCGUGGUCCACUCCCUCGCGGUCCACAGCCCCGCGGUCUGCCAGUGCCUGCUGAGCGGCGGGGCGGGCCCCAGCGUCCUGUUUGCGGAGCUCCCGCACCAGGCCUCGCGCUGCUUCGUCCCCGCCGAGCCAGACGGCCGCGGGCGCGUGUGCAUCCACGCGCUCCUGCCAGAGUGGGGCCUGUCGGCUUCGGCGGAGGCUCAGCUCGGCGACGGGGCUCUGGAGCUCCACUGGGUCUUCGCGACGCAGCAGGGCGACGUGCACGCCGCGGGGCGGGCGACGUGCGCGCAGUGGCCAGUCCCAGUCGGAGGGCACCCGACCGUGCCGGUCACGGCGCACGUGCUGCGGCUCCGCAUCCCCGAGGAGCUCGUGCCCCAGCUGGCCCCCGUGGAAGUGCGACUGGGGCGCGGGCCAGGCCGCUCCUUCGUGUGGGCUGGUUCCGAGGACGGGGGCGACGAGGAGAUCUUGCCCUACAGCGCGUUCGAAGAAGACCCGUGCGCGGUGAGCGUGCGAUGUGGGAAGCAGGCCAGGGCCCAGAUGCAGUUCUCCUUGUUGGACUUGCUGGCGGCGCAGCUGCUCACGGGGGGCAGGGGCUUGCUCUCCUUGCCCGUCCUCGUGGAGGCGGACGUGCAGCGCGAUGGCACCAGAUUCGCUGCCUUCCUCUUCCUGCCUGUGCGGCUCCAGUGCUCAGCCACGGCAGUCGCGCACGGCCCCACGGGCCCCGUGGCGUCGGCCGGCGGGCUGCUGCUCCUCCAGGGUGUCGCUGUCUCCGCUUCCCUCGACGCCACAGCUCACCGGGCUGGGUGCCCCGCGCUGGAGAACCCCGAGCGGCACGCUUGGCAGCCCGCUCCAAGGGUCUCCAUGCGCGCAGGGGCCCAGCACUCCAGUGGGCUUGCACUGCCGCGAACGCUGUGCUGCGCCGCUGCGUCGUGGGGGCCCGACGGCAGGGCUCAGCGCUGCAUAGAUCUCACCCCGCACGUCCUGGCGGUGCUGCUUCCAGGGGCCCCGGGGGAGGCCGACCUGCGCGUCGACCUCCAGCUGCAGUGUCCACACUGCGGGGCGAAUGUCGAGCUGCAGGCUUCGCCGAAGGACUCGCUGGAGUUGGCUCAGCUGCCCGCGUGGCGGAGCUUCACGGUACGAAUGCAGGUCCACAGCCGGGGGCCCCAAGUCCUCCGCGGGGGCGCGCUAGCCUUCGCCAGAAUGGCGGUCUGCCCGUCGCGACUGGCUCGCUCCCCGCAGGGCCUCUUGUCGCUCUCCCUCGAGACGCCCCGGGGUGAGGAUGAGGCCGGCCUCCCAGAGCUCCUGGACUGGUGCGGGCGCCUGGGCGGCCACGGCGCACAGGGCAGGAGCGAGGGCGACGCCGCCCUGUCCGUGCGCCUCUCGGUCACGGGCCCCACCCCGGCCAGCCUGAGCUUGGACGGAAUGUCGGUCAUCGCGGCGCCGGCGCAGCUGGUGGUGGAGACGGGGGCCGAGCACGCGCUGGCGUACCUCACCCUGGAGGCGCAGCGCCUGUCCGGCCUGCGCGUGCUGCUCGCAAGGGUCCCCCUGGCAGCGCUGGGGCCGCUGGAGGACGGCCGGCCUGUGCGCUACCCGCUACUCUUCACGCCGAACCUCCGCCCCGUGCUGGUCGCCACUUACGAGCCGCGCCGUGGCUUCCCGACCAGUGAUGCGGCGGAGGCAGCGCCGGCGCCCGCGGCGGAGCCGGGCGGACCCGCAGAGGCCGUGCCGUCGCCGCGCGCGCGGUUGGCCGCGGAGAUCCGCUCAGUGAUGCGGCUGUCGCCCCCAGAGGUUCAG